AUGUUGGAGGGACUGGUUGCUAGCUUGCUCAACCGCUUUUUGGGCAUCUACGUAAAGAAUUUCGAUGCUAAGCAACUUAAUAUCGGCAUCUGGUCAGGCGACGUCAAGCUGCGCAAUCUUGAGCUACGCCGGGAAGCGCUUGACCAGCUACACCUGCCCUUGAACGUUGUUGAGGGCCACCUGGGCCAACUCACUUUGUCCAUUCCAUGGUCUAAUUUGAGGGGAAAGCCCGUCAAGGUCGACAUUGAAGAUGUUUUCCUUCUCGCCGCACCAAAGGAGGACGCGGAUUAUGACGCCAAAGAGGAGGAUCGAAGAGCGCACACCUUGAAAAUGGAACGCAUUGAGAGUGCCGAGAUUCUUCGCGAGCGUAAUGCUGAAGGCAUGAGCCAGGAAGAACAGCGCCGGAACCAGAGCUUCACCCAAAGCAUGAUUACGGCCGUUGUAGACAAUCUCCAGAUCUCAAUCAAGAACGUGCAUUUCCGCUAUGAAGACUCCAUCGCUUCUCCUGGCCACCCCUUCGCUGUCGGAUUGACGCUAAAGGAGCUCAGUGCUGUCAGCACCGACUCGGAAUGGAAACCUACUUUCAUCCAGUCCACAUCUGACACUACGCACAAACUCGCAGUUCUCGGCGCUCUUUCGGUAUAUUGGAAUACGGACGCGACCCUCCUGGGUACUGGACGAGGCUCUGACAUCGGCGCUGAGGCUCAGGGUAUUGGUCACGAUGAGCUGAUGGAAAAAUUGCGCUCGGCGAUUGACGGCGAAGAAGGCAAACAAUUCAUGCUUCGACCUGUCAGUGGUCGUGCAGGACUUGAAAUGGACAAGUCAGGCAAGUAUGAUCGGCCUGCUAUGAAAGCCCGGUUACUCUUCGAUGAACUCGGAUUUGUUUUGGACGACAACCAGUAUCGCGAUGCCCUGAUGCUGGUCGACCUGUUCCACUACUUCAUUCGCCACCAGGAGUACAAGCGAUUCCAACCCAAAACGUCUCCUCAGGAGGACCCUCGGGCAUGGAUGAAGUUUGCUGGAAAUGCAGUCCUCAAGAAGAUCCAUGAUCGGAACCGACGAUGGACUUGGGACUACAUCAAGGAGCGCAGAGACGAUCGCCUUUCGUAUAUCAAUCUAUUCAAGAAACGGAAGCGAGAAGAAGCGUUCACACCUGAAGAAACUAAGGAGAUGGAGAGGUUGGAAUGGAAGCUCAGUUAUGACGACAUUAGGUUCUGGCGAUCUCUGGCUCGGAAUCAGCUGCGCAAAGAAAAUGUCGGCAUCAAAAAGCCCGCCCAGCAACAGUCAUGGGGCGAAUGGCUCUGGCGCAGCAAGAAGGAGGAAUCAGAGGAGCCCGCCAUGACCGAAGAACAGCGACAAGAACUGUACAGCGCCAUCGAUUGGGACGAAAAGAAGGCUCUUGCGGAUAGUGUCGACGUACCUCGAGAAUGGGUCAAGCUGCAGGUCGAUUGGAGUCUUCGGGCUGGCAGUUUCACUUUGAAGAAGGAUCCUCAUGGAGCAGCUACCGAAGUCAUGAAACUUGUCUUUGAUAAUUUCCGAGCCAAGGCCCUCCAGCGCCCAGAUUCAUAUCUCCUCGAUAUUGAUCUUGGAGGAUUGAAGAUGUACGAUGGUACUACCCCUGGCACUCUUUAUCCCAAGAUUGUCAGGGUCAAAGACUCUCUUCCAGAGCCUGUCAAGGAACGGCAGGCCAUUACGGAUGAUGAUAAUGAUGAUGAUGAUGAUCUAGCCUCUCAGGCCAGUGACGAUGAUACUAAACAUGAAGACAGCCUGUUCCAUCUGCAACUGGAGAAGAAUCCCCUUGAAAGCGAUGCGGAUACAGCAGUCAAGGUCAAACUGAAAAGUAUCGAAAUUAUCUACAACCCUCGGUUCAUGGUGGGCAUUGUCAAAUUUUUCGAGCCUCCUGAGCGGCAUAUGGAGUCGAUUGGUGCACUUUUGGACACCGCUGGAGCUACUGUCGAGGGCCUGCGGCAGCAGACCCGAGCAGGCCUGGAGUUUGCCUUGCAGGAACACAAGAAGGUUGACGCGCAAUUUGACGUGCACGCGCCUUUCAUUAUCGUACCCGAAAGCAUUACACAAGAAAGCUCUCUGUGUUUGAUUUUGGAUGCGGGUCAUGCCAGUGUCAACAGUGAACUGGUCGAUCGACAGGCCAUGCGAGAUCUACAAUCAAAACAGAAGCGCCAAUACGAAGAGGAAGAUUACAAGCAGCUCGAACACCUGCUCUAUGAUCGUUUCCUCAUCAAGUUGGAUUCGACUCAGGUUCUGAUUGGGCCCGGAGUGGAGGCAACUAAAGCGCAGCUUACCUCUGGUGUUGAAUCCAAGAAUUUCCAUAUCAUCGACCGCAUCAACGUGGACUUUGUUCUCGAGAUGUGCAUUGUUCCCAAAGUGACGCAACUCACUCGGACUCGAAUUUCAGGUCACCUUCCAGAGCUGCAUGCGUCAAUGUCAGACACAAAGUACAAGGGUCUGAUGAAGUUGAUCGACAUCGCAAUCCCGCAAUUCGAUGAAGGCAAAGAUUCCGCUGGUCCACUAGCUAAAGCGUCCGAAGAAGCGGAAACAGCAAUUGCUACCAGACCCAGAUCAGCGUCGUUCCAACCUGCAGCUCGACGAGAUCUUCCCGUUGUUGAUGACGACGAAGCCGAGUCAGAAAGUGAUUAUGCCAAGAAGAGCCCGGACAUUUCCAACAACAUUCACCGCCGAGACUUCGAGUUCAAGUUCAAUGUUGGUCGCCUCCGGGGCUCCCUAUUCCGAUCUGACUCGCAAGAUCCACUCAAGGAUAAAUUGCUGGUGGAACUGGUUGCUGAAGGAUUUGAGCUUGACUUCUACAUGCGCCCUUAUGACAUGGUUGCCGAGGUCAUCCUGAAAUCCUUGAGUGUCGAUGAUUAUAUCGAAGAUAACCCUGUGCCCGAGUUCAAGAGGAUUAUUUCGUCCAAGGGAUUCAAUGCAGACGAGGAUAAGGAUCUUUUCCACUUGAAAAUGGUCCGCGUGAAGCCCGAGUCUCCUGAGUUUGACACAACAUAUGAAGGUGUCGCCAUGAAUCUUGACAUAUCGGUCUCAACAAUCAAUCUUGUCGUCACAAGAAAGACGCUGUUGACCCUGCUUGACUUCAUACUCCUGACUUUCACAAGUCCACAGCAGCCAGUUGAUGAGAGCUCGCAGUCAGACAAGGCUAUUCAAGAAACAGCCAUUGUGGACGAAACGCCUCAACAAGCCGGAAAGAUCCGCAUCAAAUCCAACUUGAAAAGCAUUGCGCUCAUUCUCAACAAUGAUGGAGUUCGACUUGCAACACUCAGUCUGAACACCGCUGAUGUUGGAAUCUUCCUUGUGGGCCGCACGAUGAGCAUUCAGUCUCGAAUUGGCAGCCUGACACUAGUUGACGAUGUCAAUUUGGGCGCACCCGAGGACUCGGACGUACGCCGUCUUCUAACGAUUGAAGGGGAUAACUUCGCGGACUUCAAGUACGAGACCUUCGAUCCUGAAAGUGACAGCUACCCUGGAUACGACUCUGAGGUCUAUUUACGAUCUGGGUCGAUCAAGAUCAAUUUCAUGGAGGAACCUUACCGGAAGAUUAUCAAUUUUCUUGUCAAAUUCGGCAAGAUGCAAGCGAUAUUCAACGCAGCGCGCCAGGCUGCCGCGUCUCAAGCCAACCAGCUCCAAGAAAACCCCUCGCGCAUGCGCCUGGACAUUGUGGUCAACACCCCGAUCGUGGUGUUCCCCCGAGCCAUGGCGGUUGAGUGGCCUCGAGACACGAUAACCGCCUACCUUGGUGAAAUCUACGCUAAGAAUGAGUUCGUUCCCAUGGACGAGUCCAAGGACAGCCCGGCCGUGAAUGUAAUCUCCACCGGUGUCCGCAACAUCCGUCUAACAUCGAAGUUCCACUUCGACGAGGGCUUGGUGGAAGAGCUAGAGAUGAUUCAGAAGGUCAAUCUCGACUUCAGCAUUUGCUACUUGGAGCACCAGGCCAACAAUCCCCGUCCAGACAUGGAGAUCGAAGGUUCCUUGUCGCCUAUCAACCUUCGGAUUUCCCAGAGUCAGUUGAAAUUCCUGCUGGCUCUAUCUAAGUCAAUUCCUGGCGCUUUUGCAACCGAUGCUGAACAGCAGGAGCUUGAGGCAUUGGAAUCUUUACCGUCAUCCGUUACUGAGCCCACACGGGAGGCCACUUCCAAGGCUGUGCAGGCCCAGAAGGACUCUGACGCAGCUACAGCUGCGGACGGCGCUAGCAAGGAGACAUGGGUGCGACUUGACAUGAUCUUCAAGGUCGACAGCGUUGGACUGGAACUCAUCCUGGCCAAUGACAACCAACCCGUCGGCCGUUUAGAGGACUCCAGUCUAUCCAAAUUCUCUCUCAACGACACCCGAGUCAAGCUUCGCAUGUUGACAGAUGGCUCGCUGGAGUCGGAGCUUUUGAUACACUCUUUCUCUAUUCGUGACAGUCGCCGACAUGACUCGAACAAGUUCAGAAACAUCAUGUCCUUGAUCAACAAUGAUGUUCAACAGCAAUUCAUGGCCAGCCUGUCCAUGUCUCCCGGACCCGAGAAGCAUCUUAUUGCAAUGUUGACCAUUGAUAGUCCUCGUAUCAUGUUUGCUCUUGACUAUCUGUCUGCUUUGCAGUCGUUCAGUAACUCUGCGUUCACCAACGAGGAACCCGCAGGAACUCGGGAGGAGGAUUCCACCGACAAAGCCAUCACCGAAGCUUCAGCCGGAGAUAGCGUAGCCGGAACAACAACCGUGUCUUUCCGGGUUAACCUGGUCGAUGCUCAGGUUAUCAUGGUGGCCAACCCCACUAUUACUCACUCCGAGGCUAUUGUUCUUGGAACUAAGGAAAUUCUCAUCUCCCACCAGAAUGUUUCAACAUUGCAAAUACAGAAGGUCGGCAUGUUCUUGUGUCGCAUGGACAAGUUUGAAACUAGUCGACUUCGCAUUCUGGAUGACUUCACCGUUGAGUUAUCCGUUGACAGUCGACCGCAAGACAAGGGCUCCGCUCUUACCUCAAUUGAGGUACACCUUGAGCCUCUUGUCCUCCGUCUAUCUCUGCGUGAUAUUUUGAUGGCAAUCCAGAUUGUCAACAAGGCUGCCGAGAUGAGAGCUCAGAAUGCACAGCAGCUAGAGGGUGGAGAGGUGAAGAAUAUCAAUGAUGCGAAGGGUAUACGAGCCCAGUCUGGAAGUAAGACUUCUUCCACUUUGGCCCACAGAACCCGCCGCGUCGUGAGUCAGGCGGUCGAGACGAUUGACCAAAGUAUCCCUCAGAGCUCGGCUGUUCUCAAGCGCGAAGAGCUGUCAGCGAAGAUCGAUGGUGUCCGAGUGAUUCUGAUCGGUGACUUGCACGACCUGCCCUUACUGGACUGGAGUGUCAAGAAAUUCAAUGUGGAUGUGCGGGAUUGGUCAUCUACUUUGAGCAUGGAUACCAGCUUCGAUACUUUCCUCAAUGUCUACAACUUCUCCAAAUCCGCCUGGGAACCCCUCAUUGAGCCUUGGCAGUUUGGAUUCCACAUGGCGAAGGAGGUCAACCCAGACGUAUUCUCCAUUGAUGCCUUCUCGCACAAAACGAUGGAGCUCACAGUCACGUCGGCCACUAUUGCGCUUGCGUCCAAAUCGCUCCAGUUCCUUUCUAAUGACGAGGAUGUACUUUCCAAGCCACGAGGCGCAGAUGCUCCCUACCGAAUUCGUAAUUAUACUGGAUUCGAUCUCCAUGUGUGGGCCGAUGUCAACGCGGGAGAAGAUGGCCCUGCUGCUAAAUUGAGCGACGGAGAGGAAUACCCCUGGCGAUUUGAAGACUCUACAGCUAUUCGAGAGACCCUUACACCGGAAGGUCAUGGUGGGGUCGUUGGAGUCAAGUUGGAAGGAAGUGGAUUCGACAGCAUCAGCCGUAUCCCUGUUGUUCGUGAGGGUGAAAAGGUUUAUGGCCUGAAGCCGAAGCGCGACAACGUCCUCCACCGUCUCCUUGUGGAGGUCAAUCUCGGAGCCGACAACGUGAAGUACAUCACGUUCCGCUCGCCUCUGCUUGUGGAGAACAACACUCAGAUCCCUGUGGAGCUGGGUGUGUUCAGCCCUGAUGACGGUCAUCUCUUGAAGAUUGAGAAGAUUCUUCCGGGCGAUGCUCGACCUGCGCCUGUUGGCUCAGCAUACCUCCACUCCGUUGUUAUUCGUCCUGACCAGGGCUUCGGCUAUGACUGCGAGAGUGGACAGCAGUCGCCGCCAUUCUACUUCCAGGUUAAUGCAACCUAUGACAGCAAGGAUUCUCUGACGAGCGUGUAUCCUUACAUGAGGAUUCGGAUCUUUGCUCCGGUUGAGAUUCAGAAUCUUCUGCCUUAUGACUUCAAGUACCGCAUAUACGACAAGAACACCAAGAAGGAUUGGACGAACUUCUUGAGAAAGGGCGGCGUGAGUCCAGUCCAUGUUGUUGAGUUGGCUCAUCUGCUCUUGCUUAGCAUCGACUUGGAGGACACGGUAUUCAAGCAAAGCGAGUUCGGUAUUAUCAACGGAAAUGCGCAGGACUACCGCAGAGAGCACAGUUUGUCCCUGAAGGAUGAGCGGGGUCUUCAGCUGAAGUUGAAGCUUCAUUACUUCAACAUCCCGAACAGCGGUGGAGCUUUCAAGGUUUCUGUCUACAGUCCAUACCUUAUUUUGAACAAGACUGGAUUGCCCAUGGACAUCCAAAGCAAGGGCUUCCUUCAGUCCGCUCGCAAUGCUGCCGGCCAAGGACUCCGGGUCGAUCCGAGAGAGGGCGGCCGCGCACUGCCCUACAUGUACUCCUACGGUGCUGAGGACCAAAAGAAUCGGUCCAUCUUGAAGGUCGGCGAUUCUACCUGGAGUAAGCCUCAGAGUUUCGAGGCCAUUGGAAGUACCUUCGAAGUCGUAUUCCCCGACCAACAGGGUAGAUCUGAAUUCCAUUCUGGUGUCUCUGUUGCUGAGGGUGAGGGCAAGUACAAAUUGACCAAGGUGGUCACUCUCUCGCCCAGGUUCGUUCUGAAGAGCAAGCUCAAUGAAGACCUUCUGGUACGCGAGCCAGGUUCAUCAAAUGUGCUCCAGAUCACUAGCGGAGAGCUGGUUCCUCUGCAUUUUUUGCGCGCAAUCGUUGAGAAGCAGCUCUGCCUUUGCUUCCCUGGUGUCAACAAUCAAUGGUCUUCUCCAUUUAACAUCGCAGAUGUUGGGACUGUCCAUGUGAAACUGGCUAAAGCAAACCAGCGCCAGAAGUUGAUUAAGGUUGACAUUAUUUUGGAAGGGGCAACGCUGUUCCUGCACUUCAGCUUCGAGUCUCGCAACUGGCCAUUCUCGAUGCGCAACGAGAGCGACACGGAGUUCAUCUUCUACCAAGCCAACCCCAACGUUGAGGAUGAUGAAGACGAUCAAUCAACCACUUGGCGUCCCAUUCGUUAUCGUCUGCCGCCCAGGAGUAUUAUGCCUUACGCAUGGGACUACCCGGCAACGAAGAAUAAGUCUCUUGUUGUGAGCUGCAAUGGCAAGGAAAGACACAUCAAGCUCGCCGAGAUUGGUAAUUUGAUUCCGAUGCGCAUUCCACCCAAGAACCCCGGGGAAUACCAGAAGAUCAUCGACAUCAACAUCAUUGCCGAUGGCCCCACACAGACGCUUGUACUCUCUAACUUCAAGCCAUCAAAGAGUAUAUACAAGCAGCGGAAGGCUCAGACCUCUUCAGCAAGCAUAAGUACUGGUUUCGAGGUCAAAGAGAUGAACUCGGACGUGAACUUCAAGGCCCAGCUUCGUCUGGGAGGUAUCGGAAUCUCUUUGAUCAAUCAGAAAUUGAAAGAGCUGCUCUAUCUCACGUUCCGUGAGAUCGAAAUCAAGUACCGGGAGUCGAGGAUCUACCAGACCCUCAACACAACCAUCAAGUGGAUACAAAUCGACAAUCAGUUGUACGGUGGUAUCUUCCCUAUCCUCUUGUACCCGAGUGUGGUUCCCAAGACUGGAAAGGAGAUGGAGGCGCACCCUAUUUUCCAUGCAAUGGUCACUCGCGUGAAGGAUGACACCUAUGGUGUUCUCUAUAUUAAAUAUGCGACGUUGCUUUUGCAGCAAAUGACUCUUGAGCUAGAUGAGGACUUUAUCUUCGCCGUCUUGGACUUCGCCAAGAUCCCAGGUGCCUCGUGGUCAGAGGAGCAGGAGGGAAAGUUGUGUGAUGAGGACCUCAAUAUUCCUGAACCGCAACAGGAUGAUAACGGUCAGGAUGUGUACUUUGAGCUUCUUCACCUGCAACCCAUGCAGCUGGACAUCUCCUUCAUGCGAACUGAGCGUGUCAAUGUAGAGGAUACCAUGCAGCCAUCCAAUCCUCUCAUGUUUGUUGUCAACGUCAUGACCAUGUCAAUGGGUAACGUCAACGAUGCACCGGUCCGACUGAAUGCUUUAAUGCUGGAGAACGCUCGUGUCUCCUUUGGAAGCCUAGUUGGCAAUAUUCGCGCCCACUAUACUCAAGAAUUCCUGCGUCAAGUCCAUGUUAUUCUUGGCUCCGCUGACUUCCUUGGCAAUCCCGUUGGUCUGUUCAACAACGUCAGCUCCGGUGUGGCCGCUAUGUUCUACGAGCCCUAUCAGGGUCUCGUCAUGACCGACCGACCUCAGGAGCUUGGCAUGGGUAUUGCUAAGGGUGCCACAAGCUUCGUCAAGAAAUCAGUCUUCGGAUUCUCCGAUAGUAUGGCGAAGUUCACUGGAAGUAUGUCCAAGGGUCUCGCCGCUGCCACUUUGGACAAGGAGUUCCAAGACCAGCGCCGCAUGUCUAAGUCCCGCAACCGUCCUAAGCACGCCCUCUACGGUAUCACAGCUGGAGGAAACGCUUUCGCAACUAGUCUAGCCAGCGAAGGCAUGGCAGGUUUCUUCAAGGGUGUGGGAAAGGGUGUUUUGGGUCUUGCUACUAAGCCCGCCAUUGGCGCAUUCGAUCUUGCUUCCAACCUUGCAGAGGGUGUUCGAAACACCACAACUGUCUUUGACUCAGAAGGCCUUGACCGUGUGCGUCUGACUCGCUUCAUUGGUGUUGACGGCAUUGUCCGCCCCUACUCGCAGCGAGAGGCACUUGGCCAGUUCUGGCUAAAGACCGCCGAGGAUGGAAAGUACUUCAACGAAGACUAUAUCGCUCACCUGGAGCUUCCUGGCCGAGACAUGCUGGUUCUGUUGACAUACGCACGCAUCAUGCUUGUGCGCACCAAAAAGCUCUCUGUUGAGUGGGACAUUCGCCUAACGGAUAUUCAAACGAUUUCCAAAGAGCGCACCGGCAUGAGCAUCACCCUCAAGGGCGGGGCAAAUGGUCCUUUCAUUCCUGUCCAAGACGAGAGUUCCCGAAACUGGCUGUAUAGACAGAUUGCUAUCGCGGUCAAUGCCUUCAAUGAGAAAUAUAAUGGGCGAGGAUAA